GUGAUCACUGGAGGUCAUUAUGACGUUGACUGUCGGUUGGAAGAUCCUGAUGGCAUUGUACUGUACAAAGAGAUGAAGAAACAAUAUGAUAGCUUCACGUUUACUGCAUCCAGAAAUGGAACAUACAAGUUCUGCUUCAGCAACGAAUUCUCUACUUUCACACACAAAACUGUGUACUUCGAUUUCCAGGUUGGAGAAGAUCCACCACUAUUUCCUAGUGAGAACAGAGUAACUGCACUUACCCAGAUGGAGUCUGCGUGUGUUUCAAUUCAUGAAGCUUUGAAGUCUGUCAUCGAUUAUCAGACCCACUUCCGCUUGAGGGAAGCACAGGGCCGCAGCAGAGCAGAGGAUUUAAACACGAGGGUGGCCUACUGGUCAAUAGGGGAAGCAAUCAUCCUUCUUGUCGUUAGUAUCGGGCAGGUAUUUCUCCUCAAAAGCUUCUUCUCAGAUAAAAGAACCACAACAACCCGUGUUGGAUCGUAACUGGUAGUGGUAAUGCUUCAGGUCAUUGUGUGCUACUUAUCUCUUGAAAUUAACAGUUCUCCAAUUAAUUGUAGGUACAAAGGAUUUGAAUAUAUGCAACAUUGAAAUGUGUCUACUCCUCAUCUCUUAAAAAUCACAAAACA